GCGAAUGUUGUGCCUGUAUUUCAAAAAGCUUCUUAGGGCACCACAGACCAGUAAACCAUCUGUACCUAGCAAACUAGUUGAAAUGAUCAUUAAAAACAAUCAUAAAACACCAGGAACAUUGUGAUCUGAUAGGGUUUAAUCAGCACCAUUUGUGCAAAGAAAAAUUGUACCUCACCAAUCUGUUAGAAUUCUCUGGCCGUGUCAAUAAAGUAGUGGAUAUAGGAGAACCAGCUGAUGUAAUUUAUUUAGACAUUUAAAAGGCUUUGACAAGAGGCUACUAAGUAGUCAUGGGGUAAAAAGCAAAGUAUUGUCACUGAGAAAAAGCCAGCUAGGAGACAGGAACUAAAAAGUAGGAUUCAAUGGUCCAUUUUCAUCAUGGCGGAGCUGUGUGUAGGGAUCCCAGGCCUGGGAUAGCAGGGGUGUCUGCAGCUCAGGACUAAGUGGAAUUAGCAGAGCACCAUGGGGAGUUAGCACCACACCUGUCCCCAGGAAACCACGGACUAACCUCUCUUGCUCUCCCUGUUUGACGAGCUCUCAAAUCCACACACGAAAAGCCCUGAGGAGGAAAAUCCAAAGUGACCUGGGACAGAUGCUGCCUCUGGAGUCUCCGUGUGACGCCCCGAGCCCCAUCCACAGAGGGCUAAGCCUGGGAACCUCCAGCUAGCAGCUGAAGUGACAUUCCUUAGUCCGUGACACCCACGUCCAGUACGAGCGGCUGGGCGCGGACGUGACCAUGCAGUGCGGGCCGAUGGACUGGGACGCAGCCGUGACCUGGACGGCCAACGGCACCGACAUCGACGAGUCCCACCUCAACGGGUCGCGCCUGGUGCUGCGGAACGUCGACCUCACGCACAGCGGCCAGUACGCCUGCUACGAAGGUUCCUCGUGGCACCUCAAAUACCAGACCUACCUGAAAGUGGGAACCUCACCCAAGGAGCCAGUGCUGAUGUGCCGAUCCAACAACUACCCCAAGGGAUUCUACUGCAGUUGGCACCUACCCAGUCCUACAUACAUCCCCAAUGCCUUCAAUAUCACCAUCAUGCAUGGCCCAAGAGAGUUGAUCUGUGAGAAAGACGCUUUCCCCAAAAACAGGUGUCACAUCAGAUAUCUCCAGCUGUUCUCCACGGUGAAGUACAAGGUGACCUUGACAGUCACGAAUGCCCUGGGCAGAAACGCCACCACAAUCACCUUUGACGAGUUCGCCAUAGUAAAACCGGACCCUCCAGAGAACGUGGUGGCCAAGCCAGUAUCCAACAAUCCCCGGAGGCUCGAAGUGAGGUGGCAGAACCCUUCCUCUUGGCCUGACCCCGAGUCCUUCCCGCUCAAAUUCUUCUUGCGGUAUCGCCCCCUCAUCCUUGACCAGUGGCAACAUGUGAGUGACCUCUCAAUCGCCUUCACUGAGGGCCAGGUGGAGCUGUCGGACGGGACGUCCCACACCAUCACCGACGCCUACGCCGGCAAGGAGUACAUCAUCCAGGUGGCCGCCAAGGACAACGACAUCGGCACGUGGAGCGACUGGAGCGUCGCCGUGCAUGCCACGCCCUGGACGGAGGAGCCCAAGCAUCUCACCACGGAAGCCCAGGUGGCAGAGACGACGACCACCGGCACCUCCUCCUUCGUGCCGCCCCCCACCACCAAGAUCUGCGACCUGGAGGCCGUCGUCGGCAGCGGGGCCGUGACCGUGUCCUGGGCAGAGGGAUUGGUACUGGCAGCAGUUGGCGUUCUGUUUAUUUAAUCCCCUCCUUGCAGCCCCGCGGAGGAGACCACCGCCCCGUCUGAAUCUAUUUUCUCUUCUAUUUUGCACAUGUUAAGGCGGACGUAUCACAUUUCUCUUCAUCGCUUCACUUUGUAGAAGGACAGACCUGCCGCGCCGUGAGGGUUUCCCCGCCCCCUCCCCGAACUGCCAGGGGAACCGCGGAGCCUUUACAAAAAGAGAGAGAGAGAGAGACUCCCCCCACCCCUGAUGCCCCCCCAAACAGUGAGACCCGAACCCCGGCUGUGCUGCAGUGCAGCGCCCAGAGGAGAGCGCCAGCCGUCCCGGGCGAGAGAUCGGAUCAUACAGCUAAACCGCCAUGCCAAAGAUGCUACGCGACUUCGCUUCGUGCCCACGGCGCUCUGCUGCCACCGCCGCCGCCGCCACAACACGGGUGACGAAACGUGUCAAAUACACACGGGAAGGGGGAGGGGCAUCGAAACCACAAUGAGCCUUGUAAGGGGGUGACCCCCCUCCUUGCUCCUCACGGCGGGCUCCGACGAACUGAACUGGCUUCCAGAAGCCCCAGGCCGGAGGGGCAGCGGGGGGGUUAGUCCCCUAGAUGCGGUUCCCUACCCCCAGCCCCGUGCGACAGAGGACAUAAGCGCUGUUUUCACGAGCGCAGACUAGUACAUUGGGGGCUUUCUUUUUUACUGGAAAAAGGAAUCUAAGAAAACAACAGCCAAACCCACCCUCCUCCCUCCACCGCCCGCCUGCCCUGGACUCCUGGUGCCUCCCAGACACCUACCCGGGCCCCCCAGCCCGGGCGAAAUCAGCGAGGAGAUGAUAGCUCCGGCGAAGUCUGCGACUCUCCCCUGGCCCGUCACCUGGUUGUCUCUCUUUUUAUCACCUCCCUUCCAUUUCUACAGGGAAGCGCCUCGGUUUCUGUAUUUGUCUUAUUAUUGAAAAACAAAUAUUCAUAAUGGAACUGUAGCGACACAAACGUAUCUCCCCCCCACGCUCGUCCGGUCCCACCCCCCAUCCUUCGUUCUCUCCUCCCCCCAUGCCCGCCGCACCCCGGUCCUGUUUUGUAAGACAGCUCCCUGCCCGUUCCGAGCGCAGUAUUUAAUACCCGACGUCCUAGUAUUCCAAAAGUUAACAUGCUGUAUUUGAAUUUUUUAUAGAUGUAUAUAUAAAAAAACAAACAAAAAAAUCCACACACACAGCCCCCACCCAAAAACAGACAACAACAACAACAACAA